UCAUUACAAACGCCACUUACCAGUUACCAAACCUAAAUUCCAAAACACUUGUCUCUUUUUUCAACCUUCUUCUCACCUUUUCCCUCCUUUUUCCCUCUUUCCCUUAGCUUGCACUCUCCUCUUCUCCAUGUCUCCUCCUUUCUCAAUUCUUCCUCCCUACUCCCUCUCCAUCUUCCCCAGCUACUUCUCUGUAAAUCAAUUAAGAUCCCUCCUCCUGUCCAUCAACCAACAUCACUGUAAAUGAAGUUUUGUGGGUUCCAAUCAAGGAUAUAAGAACCAGAACCAGAAACAGAAGAAUAAAAGAGGGUUUUGUUGAGCUAGGCUCAUGCAUAUGGGUGCCACAUUCAUUUAUUAUUUGGUAUUCUUCCUAUUUCAUCUCUUUCACUCUUCAGGUACUAGAAUUAGCAAACUAGACCAUGGAACAGAGCAAAAUCAUCUCACUUCUGUUUCCAAAAGCCAAAAGGAUAUUACCACUCCGAUAACCACCGUUCCGACUAUAAUUCCGACCACUCCAACUUCAUCAACUCCCAUAAUGAACCCGAAUUCAGACCCAGAUUCUACAUCGCCCGCAACCAUGACGCCCAUGAUUACACCCGCCAUUACAUCUUCACCUGUAUCUGGAGCUAGCUGGUGCAUAGCGAGCCCAAGUGCAUCUCCGACGGCGUUACAAGUAGCAUUGGACUACGCUUGUGGGUACGGUGGUGCAGAUUGUUCGGCGAUUCAGAGCGGUGGAAGUUGUUACAAUCCUAAUACUCUUCGUGAUCAUGCUUCCUUUGCCUUCAAUAGCUAUUAUCAGAAGGAUCCAAUUCCAAGCAGCUGCAAUUUUGGAGGAACUGCGGUUACUACGAACUCCGAUCCAAGCAGUGGGACAUGUCAGUAUCCAUCGACUAGCACAAGCUCGUCAGUGUUGAACACCACAAAUUCAAAUGGGGCAGCUGUUUAUGGAGCAGUACCUUCAAGCCCUUCGACGCCAGCUGCUGCCCAAAUCAAUAAUCAUGUUAAUUUGAGGUUAAUUACAUGUGUCGUGCUUUUAAGCAAUUUUGUUAAUUACAACCUCCUCCUUAAUUAAACAGCAAUUUUCUUAAUUGCUUGGUAGUCUAUGUUUUAGAGCAGACUCGGAAGCAUACAUGGAGGCUUACAGGUUUUUCUAGUUUUUUUAUUUUUUUAUUUUUUCUAUUUUCAUGUGUAAAUUAGUGGCAAAGAAAGUUCUGCAGCUUGCUUGCUUCUUUUUUCUUUUUCUUCUGUUUUUUUUUCCCUUUUUCCUUAUGGUUGUGGCUGUGGGAACUAGACUAGAUCUGGACAUUAUUCUUGUAAUUUUUAAUUUUUUUUUAUCACUGCAUUUUGGCUUUUUGACUC